GCAUCAUCAUGCCCAUCGACUGGGACGAGCUCAAGCGCGUGUCGGCGCAAGUCCAAGCUGACUUGGACGGUGUCGGCCUCGACUUCCACCUCGAGUUCUCCUCGGUCUAUGACAUGUGGACGACCAAGCUCGCCGACAUCAAAGACGAUGCGACCAAGCCCGCCGCUUGGUACACGCAAGGCGCCGACUACUGGGAGGACGAAGAGAACUGCCCGCCAGACGUCGGCGGCGUCUUAGGCGGCUACGGGUACAUUUCGCCCAUCGACAUCGAAGGCUCGACCGCGUUUCUCGCACGCGUCCAGGCGCUGCGCCCUGCCUUCAAGCGCGACCGUGCAAUCGACUGCGGUGGUGGCAUCGGCCGCGUCGUCAAGCACCUGCUUCUCCCGCUAUUUGCAUCUGUCGACUUGCUCGAGCAAAGCCCGCGCCUUCUCAAGGCCGCGCCUCGCUACAUUGGCGCUGAGAAGCACCGCGUCGAGACGCUCUUGUGCAUGGGUAUGCAGGACUUUGAUCCGUCGCCCAACAGCUACGACCUCAUUUGGUGUCAAUGGGUCUGUCCUCACUUGAUGGAUCUCGACUUCAUCAAGUUUCUGCAGCGGUGUCAGCAGGCUCUGCGGCCGGGCGGUGUCAUUUGCAUCAAAGAAAACAUCAUCGUCGAUGGCUCGCCGUACGAGCUCGACGAAGACGACAGCAGCGUGACGCGAUCGGCCGCAUAUUACAAGAGUAUUUUCCGGCAAGCGAACCUGACGCUUCUCGCGGACGAGCGUCAAGAAGGCUUUCCCGAGGAGCUCUACCCCGUCAUGACGUACGCGCUAUACUAAAAUGCAACGGCGGGAGACUUUGGUGCGACACCAACUACAGUCGGC